CUUGAACUCCUCUUCCUACUCUACUCUACCUCAUGGAUUCUUCUAUGAAAUAUCACCUCUUCGCCAGUAGCUACGGAAAAGGCGUCCGCCAGACUUUUCUAAGUCAUUUAUGCAGGCAGUUAAACCAAAAUGGGAUUACGAUGUUCAUUGAUCAGGAUAUGGAGAUAGGUGAACCCAUCAUACCUUAUCUCAUAGAAAGGAUCAGGGAAUCCAGGAUCUCGAUCGUGGUGCUGUCCAAGAAAUAUGCUUCUUCUAAAUGGUGUUUAGACGAAUUAGUGGAGAUUUUGAAGUGCAAGGGAGAGAUGAGACAAAUAGUGAUGCCAAUCUUCUACGGAGUAGAUCCAUCCGAUGUUCGGAAACAGAUUGGAGAUUUCGGGAAAUUUUUCGAGAAAACAUGUGCUGGUAUAACAAAGGAGGAGAGUCAAAGAUGGAGUCAAGCUUUGACUGAUGUGGGCAGCUUAGCCGGGGAAGACUCCCGUAACUGGGACAACGAAUCGAAGAUGAUUGAAAAGAUUGUUAGAGAUGUCUCAAACAUACUAAACGCUACAAUUUGGAAAAAAAGCCGGUAUUCCACUGGAAUUUCCUUCCUCAUCGCAAUCAAUUUGCUCCUGGAGAUUACAUCAGCGGUUGCAGACCAGCUCUCCUCUACUCGCAAGCCUUACUUCGCUAGAAUCUCCUUAGUGAUUUCAGUUCUCUCUCUUAUCCUCUCCAUCCUUGACUUUAUUUACAAAGUUCGAGCCCAUAAAGCUCGUUUCCGUUGCAAGUGGCCUAUGCCUUGGUUCUACUAUCCAUCACGUGGCUACAACAGAAUCUUUGGAAGUUCCGCAGAUGCUAUCUUAUUUUUCUGUGUUGUUGGUCAGUUAGGAGUGUCCACGGUCAAUUUUAGCUUUAUUGACAGAGGACGAGAUGGUCCCAUCAAAGUAUCAGUGUGGCCUCUCGUCUUUGCUGUUGGUAUGGUAGUCUCCAAGUUCAUGGAGAAACCAACCAUUUCCAAGGAGAGUUAACUCUCUCAAAAAUGUAUUGAUUGAUUUGGUAUUAGUAGGAACUUGUUGGAGCGUCCUUCCUCUGUUUCUCUGCACAAUUCUACAGUCAUUCCAACGAACUCGAUCUUAACGCCUCUUAAAAUGGUCGAGAUGGAGCAUUCCCACAUAAAAUGGCAAUGGUAAGCCCUAGACUUGAGCAACAGUGGAUUGAAAUACUUGCCACGUACGCAAAUAGAUUAAGCUCAAACUAAGGGGAACGUUUCUCAUUUGAUAAGCUUUUUUUUUUUAUCCUUUUGUAUGUAAGCCUUUUAAAACCCAAGAAAACAUAGCAAAUGGUUUUGAUGUUUUAUUGAAGAGAAAUAAAUUUGCAAAAUCAAGGUUUUAGUCCUUGACCUCUCAAACAAAUUAGACUUAGUU